GGAGUGGGGAACGAGGUAUAAGAUGGCGUGGUGCGACGUCGAGUGAGCUCACCGAGUUCACCUCGCCUUUUAUCGUGCGAGGGAUUCAGUAAUAUCUAAGCAAAGAUGAAGCCUCAUACUUACCAGUUCCUCGUCGGCGUUUUCGCCUCGAUGGGCUCGGUGCUCUUCGGCUACGACUUAGGCGUCAUCGCCGGCGUCGUCGGGAGCACCUCGUACGCAGAGCUAUUCCACGCGAACGCGGCUCAGAACGGAGCCGUAGUAUCCCUCUUCACAGGCGGCGCCUUCUUCGGCGCCAUGUUCGCCGGGCCUGCAGGUGACUAUCUCGGGCGUCGUCUCACCAUCAUGCUCGGGGCCCUCGUCUUCCUUCUCGGCGGGGGCAUCCAAACCGGGGCCCAGCACCUGAACUACCUAUACGCGGGACGCGCGAUCGCCGGUCUUGGCGUCGGUUUCCUCACCAUGAUCAUCCCCGUGUACCAAUCGGAGAUCGCGCACCCGUCCAUCCGGGGACGCGUAACAGGGCUCCAGCAAUUCAUGUUGGGGAUAGGCGCCUUCCUCGCGGGCUGGAUCACCUGGGGCUGUUUCCGCAACUUCACCGACUCCGCGCAGUGGCGGCUUCCUCUCGGGAUCCAGAAUCUCCCCGCGGUCGUUCUCGCCGCGCUGAUCCUCCUGUUCCCUGAAUCCCCGCGCUGGCUCGUCGACCACGACCGCGCGGAUGAGGGGUUACGGACUUUGGCGAAGCUGCAUUCGAACGGGGAUAUCGACGACGACUGGGUGCGCGCCGAGUUCGCAUCGAUCCAGGAAACGGUGUCGUUCGAGCACGCGCACGAGGCGAAGUCGUACCUCGAACUCUUCACGAACCCGAGCGCCUUCCGGCGGUUAUUCCUCGCGUGCUCGAUCCAGGCUGCGACGCAGAUGACCGGUGUUUCCGCGAUCCAGUAUUUCUCCGUCAGCAUCUUCGCGCAGAUCGGUAUCUCGGCCGACGACGCGCUCAAGUACCAGGCUAUCAACAGUAUCCUGGCCUUGAUAGCGCAGGCGUUUUGUAUGUUGCUGAUUGACAAGUUCGGCCGACGACCGACGAUCAUAGUGGGGAAUUUGGUGAAUUGUGUUACGUUUGUGAUCGUAACUAUUUUGCUGGCUAAGUUCCCUCCUGUGACGAACUCUGGGAGCACGGCUGGCUGGGGGUUUAUAAUUGUUACUUGGCUUUUCAAUAUUUCAUUUUCAUUUGCAUGCGGUCCGCUUUCAUGGAUCAUCCCCGCCGAAAUCUUCGACACGCACACGCGAUCUAAGGGUGUAUCUUUGGCAACCAUGAUGUCCUUCGCUUUCAACACGCUCAUCGGACAGGUAACCAGCAUCGCUGUCGAGUCCGUCGGGUGGCGCUAUUUCGUCGUAUUCGCUGUGUGCAACGCCACCAACGCAUUGUUCUUCUACUUCGUCCUACCAGAAACUAAGCUUGUACCCCUCGAGCAAAUGAGUACCGUCAUAUUUGCCAAGGACGCUCCGUGGAUCGUUGUCGGGAAACGUUCUGCGCAUUACCGCGCCGCUGCCGCUGCAGCCUCUAUUGGGAAAGGUGAUUUGGAAGCUAAGAAGGAAGAGAUUGAGAUGUAAUGCAAUCAACCCACGGAUCAACGCUACUUUACGGUAAAUCUUUAAAAUAGCCCUAUCUUAAAACGAAAAUACAAAUUUAAUGAUAUUCAGUAAGUGCUCUAAGAUUGUCCUAGGCUAAUAUAGUUCAUGAUGAAUCUCG